AUGAGUACUGUUCGAAUGACUGUUUGUUCGUUUACAGUUUUCCAUGCGAUGGACGUAGUACGAUGGAGUUCAAUGGUACCACAAGGGCAGUGUCUUCUCGCACCACUCAUUUUGGUCAUACUUGACACGAGCAAAUUUUAUGAUUACUUGGUCAAAAUUAUUUUCAAACUUCAUGAACAAAUUCCACCGGAUGCUUUAUCAGGUCAUCGUGAACGUUUCGGUGGAAUAUUUCGCAAAAUGAAAGCUUUCUAUGAAGAGGCAACGAACUUACAGUACUUCAAGUACCUCGUCUCAGUGCCGAAGUUGCCAUCUCUCGCGCCGAACUUCCUGCAGGCAUCUGACUUGGACACAUACCAGUCUCCUCACGCAUAUUUGCACAAUGAUAACGUUAGUGAGAGUGACACACCUCCAGAUGGACGUUCCAUCGAUGAAAGUCUCGUGGAUAUAUCUGAACCACAAGAGGCGCAAGUCGAACAACAGGCACCAUCCACUGACCCAAGAGAUUUGUUGAUUGAUACAUUGAGACGUGAUGUAGAAGACGCUAGAUUCAACAAUGAAAGACUUAUGAAUGAGGCUCGUUCGCGAAUCGAACAGUACGAGAAUCGUCUCUUGCAAAUGAAACAUGAAAAUGAUCAUUAUAAACAAUCGGUUGAUGAAAUGAAAGAAGAACUGGAACGUGUGCGUGCUGCAAAUGUUGAGUCGGAACGACACGCGGUCGAUGAAGCACGUCUUCAAGACAUCGAACGUAAAGCGCUAAGUAGUGAGCAGAACUUCCAGAAAAUGAAAAGUGCAUACGCAAAUUUACGACAAGAACAUAUCGAGGCGCUAACAAAAUUAUCGAAUGCACAAAAGGAUCUCGCAACAAGUGAAUCGGAACGUAUGAAUAAAGAGGAAGCGGUUCGAAAUUUGGAACGGAAGAUGGUUGAUAUUGAAAAGGAUAAGUUGGUCGUGGAGAAGAAGAUGCUUAGCGCCGAGGGUAAUGUUGACGAUCUACAAGGGCAACUGGCCAAGUGUCAAAUUGAUAUCGAGAAUCUGACUAAGACAAUUGAUGAUAUGAAAGAAGCGGCGACAAAUGAAAUUAAUAAUUUGAACGCGGAGAAGCAAAGCUUACAAAGGCAAGUCACCGAAAUGGAUCUUGCACAAGAGCAACUGAAAGAACAAGCAUGCGCCACAGCUAACAGUGUUGAUGAUUUACACGCCAAAUUGAGCGAAAUGACCACGCAAAAUGCUUUACUCAAUCAGACGAUAACUGAUUUGAAAGAGGCAUCGUCGAAGGAGAUCGGUGAAAUAAAUGCGAAGAAUAAGAUGCUGCAAAUGCAAAUCGCUGAGAUGGAUCUUGAACGACAGCAGCUGAACGAACGAGCAUGCACCACAGCUAACAGUGUUGAUGAUUUACAAGCUAAAUUGUCAAAUAUGACUGCACAAAAUGCAUCAUUGAAUCAGACAAUAGGAACGUUGAAAGAAACUUCAUCGAAAGAAUUAGAAGAAUCGAGAAGUAAGAGUGCAUUGUUGCAAAUGCAAAUCGAUGAAUUGGCUCGUGAACGAAUGCAAUUGAAAGAGCAAGCUUGUACUGCAGCGAAUAAUCUCAAUCGCCUACAAACUGAAUUAUCCAAUAUGACCACUCAAAAUCAAUUACUCAAUCAGGUAUAA